UUUAAAGGCAGCAGCUCAUCCUUCCCUCCAUGUUGAUCAGUCGUCCUGCUCGCCGUGGCUGGUGAGCUGCACUUGUGGACACAACUGAGGUCUCGACUGUGUUACAGGCCACUGGAAACGACUGAAUACAGGAGGGGUCCACAACGGCCCUCAGUUUAUCUAAGGCCUGAGACUGACAGAUAUUAGCGAGAAGCUACGAGACAUGGAAGGCAGUGCUGGUACAUCUCGGAGUAAUGCCAGGCCUGUUGACGUAGCCUGUGAUGUUUGUUCAGGGAGAAAAAGGAAAGCUUCAAAGACCUGCCUGACCUGCAUGAUCUCCUACUGUGAACUUCACCUCCAAGAACACAAGGGAUCUGGAGCCUACAAGAGACACAAACUGCAGGAGCCGGUCAGAGGCUUCAAAGAGAGAAUCUGCUCCAAACACAACAAAAUACUGGAGAUGUACUGCAGGACCGACAAGAUCUGCGUCUGCUCCAUGUGUGCGGCGACUGAACACAACGGCCACGACACCAGGAUACUCAGCGAGGAGAUGUCUGAGAGGAAGACUCAGCUCCAGAACACAAUGAAGGAAGUAAACAAGAGAAUCCAGGAGAAAAGCAGGAAAGUAACUAAACUGAAGGACACUAAAAUGAAGAUUCAUAAAUUUGCAUACUAAGAAAUACAGAAACACAAGGAGUUCUUCAAGUCUAUACAUGAGUCCAUUAACAGGCUGAAUUCAGAGGUCACUGAGGUAAUUAGCCAUUAUAAGACGAGGGAAGUGACAAUGACUGAAGAGCACAUCGAGCAGGUGGAGAAGGAGAUUGAGGAGUUGAACAAGACAAAUGCUGAACUGGUGGAGCUUUCAAAGAUGGACGACCACAUCAAGUUUAUAAAGAAGUUCCCAUCACUAAACGUCCCUGCUGAAGACUCCUCUGAGGUUCCUGAUGCUGGACAUUUCCUUCCUAGGACUCUGAGGACAAAUCUGUCUAAUCUUAAAAGGAAUUUGGAGGAAAUUAGCAGCUGGGAAUUUGUGAAAAGCAGUGAGAGCGGGGUCGACAAUCCAGGUGAUUUUCUGCAGAACCUGAGAAGUAGAAAUUACCUUCUAAAAUACUGCUGUCCUCUCAUCCUGGACAUCAACACAGCAAACGAAUGGCUUACCCUGUCUGAAAGGAACAAGAAAGUGACGGACAAGAGGGUGGUGACCCGGUAUCCUGAUCAUCCUGACAGAUUUGACAUGUGGCCGCAAGUUCUGUGCAGCAGGGCUCUGCGCGGGGGUCGCUUUUACUGGGAGGUCGAGUGGAGUGGAGAGAAGGUCGAGAUUGGGGUUACAUAUAAAGGAAUAAGAAGGAAAGGAAACAGUAAUGAGUGUGUCCUUGGAUACAAUGACAAGUCCUGGAGUUUGUACCUCUCUCAGUCCAGUUGCCUUGCAUGGCACAAUAAGAAAAAAAUAGAAAUCACCGCCCCCCACAUUCACAGAAUAGGCAUCUAUCUGGACUGCCCAGGUGGCUCCCUGUCGUUUUAUAGCGUCUCAGACACCUUGACCCUCCUGCACAGGUUCAACGCCUCCUUCACCGAGCCGCUCUAUGCAGGGUUUAAGAUUGCAAAUCAUUGCAGCUUAACAAUCUGUCCUCUGAAGCGGUCUGGCAACUGACCAGUGUCAUUGGCAGGUCACUUCAUAUCUUUUGCCACAUAGGAUGUCUUCUAAUUUUAGAAGUCAUCGUUCCUCAAUUCCAGUCCCGAUUUCUCACUCACUCACACACACUGGUUGUCCUGUCACCGUGCCCCCUGAACCACCGUGGACAGUGGAGACUCCAUCCUUCAAUGGGGUCAUCAUCAGGAAAGCAAUGAGGAGAUGUGACUGUGUGCCAAUGUCCAUUCCGUGGACAUCAGACAGAAGACUCCUUACCAUUUGGGAACCCUCAGUUAUUGAACCCCCGGUUUAUGUGCAGUACUCCCAAUGGCCACACAGUGGCGCUCUCUGAUUGCUUUACAAAUGAAAGUCACCCUGAAGGACAGCAUUGAGCAAAGCUGUGGAGAUAGACGGGACAUGAGAGUCAGUCCUUCCUGAUUUGAUUUAUUAAACCUUAAGCAGAAAACCUAAGUCAGGGGUCCGAACUGAUUGACUGCUCCAUGCUCUUCAGUUCUCUGUGUUUCAUUGUAAUUCUGUCUGGUGGCACAACAUUUAGAGGUCCACCCCACCACUCCAGGACACUCAGUUCAAACUCAGCCUGGACUCUGCUUGUGUGGAGUUUCCAUGUUCUCCUGGCGUCCAUGUGGAGUUUUCUCUGAUUUCUCCAAUUUCUACCUCUUUGCUAUUAGGUUUAGGGUAAGUCACAUUGGCAUGAAGAAUGCUGCUGCUUGUGUUUUGGUCGGAGCAAGAAAGUUUGGUUUGCAGCUCCUAUUGUAGUCUCUUUGCACUGGCUGCCCAUUACUUUCGGAACUGACUUUCCAGUUUUACUGCUGGUUUUUAAAUCAAUUCUUGGGUCUGCUCUGAACUGCGUGUUGUACACCAGCCAUCCAGAGAGCUCAGAUCUACCGCUCAGUGGUCUCUUGCUGUCCCAAAACUAAGGGGGUCCGCUGCUGCGCCUCAUCUGUGGAGUUCUUUACCUAAUUACACUAAGGGGUCAACUUCCAUUGAGCUGUUUAUGAAAAUGAGACUGAUGACGCAGUUCUGUUCUCUAGUUUUCUGUGACUUUCGGUGAUAUUCUCUCCUCUCAGUCAUUUAUUUGUUUCAAUUUACCGCUAGUUGUAUUUAGUUUUAUUGUAUUUAUUGUACAUUUUUAUGUAAAUUAAUUGUUUCAAACACACUCCAUCGAUACACUGACACUGACAUUGUCGUCUGUUUGUCCUGCGGUGGGCUGCCAUUCUAUUCAGUGUUUGUUCCUGUUGUGAGUUCUUCUUGGGCUUUCCUUGUGGUGUAAAAAUGAUUUUGGUGCCAUUCCUGGGGUUUUUAGGGAAUUCAGUGCUAUAAGUAUUUUCCUGAUUGGAGUCAAAUAUCUUAAUUUCUUUUCAGACUGGUUUUUGAUUUGAUGAUCUGAGUUGCCAUGAGGUGGGCCCUGGUUGCUCUGGGGUCACAUCAUUAAGGGACGAUCGGUGAAGGGGUUGUCUUGUAUCUGAGACUCGAAUGACAGACGACCAUCUGUGAUUCUUUUCAACGCUGGUCUCGGGCUCUUGAGAUGACUUUGGGUUGUCAUUUGGUUUUCCUCGCUCUCCAUUUUGACUGCCUUUGCUUUAUUUCUUGGCCCCAUUCUUUGUCCCGUUGCUCUUCUUUUGACUGCUUUGUUCAGUCAUUGCAGUUCCUGAGCCUCCAGCACUAUGAGUUGGAUGAACGCUGAACUCCAUUUCUUUUUACCAUCCACUGUUGCAUUUCUUUGGACUUGGCUGGCAUUACUAAGGUGCAGAUCACCAUCACAGUGGUGGAUGUCCCUCACCAGGUGGACUCACUGGACCACUAUGGCCAAUUUACAUAGCAGCCUUGACACAGGUGCAGCUCUGAUGCCAAUGGAAGCUGAAAUAUUUCUAGAAGGACUGUUCUGGAAUGGCGUCAUUGUUAUUGGGUCCUUUUUGUGUUUUGUCUUUUUUUAAUAACCCUCUCCCCACUCCAUUGUCUUUUAUUUUUUGUGUUUUUGGUCAUUUUCUCCCAGCUCCUUUCCUCAGGUUUUAGUCCCACUUCAGGCAGCUCUUCUUUGUAAUUGGGUGGUCUUUUCAGAGUUUUUUCCUUAGAGUUUUCUUGUUAAACCUUCAGUUUAGCAGACAUGAUUUAGUCAAUUAUUGGUUUGCUUUUUUAUUCUUUUAUAUUAUU